AUGUUUCGUAUCGUUUCAAUUCUGGUUGCGGCCUGUGUCGCAACCUCAGCAUGGGCCGUCGAAGUCGGUGAGCGGGUCGAAAACUUCCGCUUGCUGGCACAUACCGGCGAUUCCCAUGAACUGUACUACCACAGCAACCUGGACGCUGUUGUUUUCCUGGUACAGGGUAAUGGUUGCCCUAUUGUACGCAACGCAGCGCCAAGAUUUGCCGAGCUACGCGAUGAAUUUGCUGACCAGAAGGUCAAAUUUUUCAUGCUCAACUCAAAUCUGCAGGACAAUCGCGCCAGCAUCACCAAAGAAGCCAAUGAGUUUGGCUAUGAUAUUCCGAUCCUGAUGGACGACACCCAGAUCAUUGGUGAGUCGCUGGAUCUGGUACGUACCGGAGAAGUAUUUGUUGUCGACCCGAAGACCUGGAAAGUCGCCUACCGUGGCGCGCUGGAUGAUCGCCUGACCUACGAGAACCAGAAGAAAGAAGCUUCUGCACACUACCUGCGCGACGCCAUUGCCAACAUGACUGCCGGUGAGCCGGUGGCCCUGGCCAGCACUGAUUCACUCGGCUGCCUGAUCAAUUUCCCUGAAAAAACCGCACGUGCAAGCCACGCGAAUAUUUCCUACAGCAAAGACAUUGCGCCCAUCCUGGCCGACAACUGUGUCAGCUGUCACCGUGAAGAUGGCAUCGGCCCCUGGGCAAUGACCGACUACAACAUGGUGCGUGGAUUUUCUCUGAUGAUCCGCGAAGUUGUACGCACCCAGCGUAUGCCACCCUGGCACGCUGACCCGGCACACGGCGAAUGGGCUAACGAUCGUUCACUGAGCGAUGAUGAAGUUAAAACCCUGGUGCACUGGAUUGAAGCGGGCGCACCACGCGGCGAAGGCGAAGAUCUGCUGGCCAACAUCGAUCACACAUACUCAGACUGGAACGCCUCAGAAGAGUUAGGUGACCCUGACUACAUUAUCGACAUUCCAGCCAUGGAAAUUCCGGCCACUGGCGUCGUGGACUAUCAGUAUCACCUGGUUGACAACCCCAUCGGGAAAGAUGUCUGGGUACAUGCCGCGGAAAUUCUGCCCGGCGAUCGCGCGGUAUUGCACCACACCAUCACCACGUUCGGCGACAUCAUGACCGAAGGUAAAUACAAAGGUGAGCUGAACCGCAAAGGUGGCCUGCGUGGCUAUGCUCCAGGGGUUACCAGCCAGGCAUACCCGGAAGGCACCGGUACCUUUCUACCUGCUGACGCCACCAUUGAGUUUCAGAUGCAUUACACCCCGGUGGGUCGCGCCACUGUGGAUGAGUCAAAAAUGGGCAUCUGGGUAUACGAUGAGCCACCCACACAUCCGAUCAUCUCGGUGUUUACCGCAAACCCAAGAAUCAAGAUUCCGCCACAUGCGGCCAAUCACAUGGAAACUGUUGAACGCACCAUUCCCAAAGAUGCGCUGCUGUUUAACCUGAUGCCCCACGCCCACUUCCGUGGCAAGGCAGCCAACUUCAUCGCGAAAUACCCUGACGGCACAGAAGAAAUGCUGUUGUCGGUACCUCACUAUGAUUUCAACUGGCAAACGGACUAUCAGUUCAAAGAGCCAAAAUUCAUACCUGCUGGCACCACCUUGGUGCAAACAGGCUGGUGGGACAAUUCAGCUCAGAACAAAGCUAACCCUGACCCAAGUGCUGAGGUCACCUGGGGUGAGCAGUCCUGGGAAGAAAUGUUGUUCGGCGCCAUGCUGUUCCGCUUCUUAACGGAAGAAGAGUCAGCGCAGAUGCGCGCGGAGCGAGGCAUGGAUCAGCAGACUCAGGAAGUAGCCAGCGCUCGAUAA